GCACCAAUUCGCAGUUGACGGCCGAGCCAGUAGCCAGUCAGAGUCAGUAAGACGAAGCACCCCAAAUCCUGAGCAUCAUGCAGCUGUUUGUCGCAAUUCUCGCCCUCACACUCGCAGUGGCUAGUGGCGAGUUCGUGGUGCAGACGCGUGAGGAUCUGCUGAGCUACCGGGCCGAGUGCGUCAAGUCGCUCGGUGUGUCGGACGAGCUGGUGGAGAAGUACAAAUCGUGGAACUUCCCGGAGGACGACACGACCCAGUGCUACAUCAAGUGCAUCUUCAACAAGAUGCAGCUGUUCGACGACGCGACCGGCCCGAUCGUGGACAACCUGGUGGUGCAGCUGGCCCAUGGCCGCGAUGCGGACGAGGUGCGCGCCGAAAUCGUCAAGUGCGCCGGCAGCAACACGGACGGUAACGUGUGCCACUGGGCGUUCCGUGGUUUCCAGUGCUUCCAGAAGAACAACCUGUCGCUCAUCAAGGCGAGCGUGAAAAAGGAUUAGGAAACGGCGCCAGCAAUCGGACACUCCAGCACACAAACACACACUGGGUCUCUCCAGUCUGGUGUGCCAAGGUGCAAAAGAGGUGUAUUCGGACUCAAUAAUAAAGUGAAGGUUUAUAGCAAUCAAACUCAA